GAUGUUUGAGGACGGAUACAAGCAACAAUUUCAUGAAAAAAUUAGCAUUUUUUAUGGAUCAUGCUAACUGUUCAGACUUUACCUUCUGAGGAUUCAAAAGAUGAAAAGACAACUUUACCCAAAUUAUUCAAAGAUUUGUCUCUCAAUAUCGAAAAAAAUAAUGAAUUCCUUGCUCGACUCAUCGAGUUAUCUGCGAGUGAAUCAGAGAGCUUACAGGGGGCAGCACCAGUUUUAUCAGUACUAUCAAAAAUUGCUCAUGCUCAUCGAGAGGAAAGGGUGACGGUAGAGUUAAGAUUAACUUUUAUGAAAAUUAACGACAUUGACACAGUAGACCAGAAGUUUCAAGCCGAGAUCUUCAUCCAAGCUAAAUGGGAAGAUCCCUCACUCAAAGAAGAUGACAAGGUAUUUGACCCAGUGAUAAUGUGGACUCCAAAGUUAAUCAUUAUAAAUGUGGAUGGCUCAUUUCUGGAGGAACACAAUGAGUAUUCUAUUUCACACAGUGAUAAUCAGCCUCCUCAGGUCAACCUCAUAUGGAGAUUCAAAGCAUUCUUCAAGGAAAACUUAGAACUGCAACACUUUCCAAUAGAUGUUCAGGACCUGACUAUAUCCAUCUCCACAGAGCGCACAAUUCAAGAGGUGGAGUUGAUAGAGGACCAUUUCUCAUUAAGUUCUGUAAACACACAGGCUUUUCUGGAUGCUUCAGAGUGGAGCCUCUAUAACCAUACAGAGACAUACCAAGAUCAGACAACUAUAGAGUAUGCCAGGUCUACAGUCCACCCUAUUCUUCACGUCCAGUGUCGUGUGGCUAGGAAGAUAGGUUACUUUGUCUGGAAUAUCAUAUUCAUUGUUUUCCUGAUCAUAGCCUUGACUUUCGCCUCUUACUCCAUUGAGGUGGACUCCUCGGACAGACUAGCAGUCAACAUCACUCUCUUUCUUACUGCUGUAGCCUUUAAACUUGUGGUCAAACAGAGUCUACCCACUAUUUCUUAUCUUACCUACCUGGAUUUAUACGUAUUGGCGGCACUGAUAUUCCUGGCCAUGAAUGCUACUCAGAAUGCAACAAUGAAAUCCUUGGCAGCCGUGUAUAGUGCAAAAGAAGUGAAAGUCUACGAUCGCAAUUCCAUUGUGUGUCUGACAAUCAUAUUUCUGUUUUUCCAUGUCAUCUUCGGUAUUUACAUCACCUUCACUGCUACCAGAAGACGAUGGAAAAUGAAGGAAAAAGACAAGCUGUAUCAGGAGAAGAAAGAGUACAUGGACAGAUCCAGAAUGUCCCCUAGAGGACCUAGUAAAAGAAAAGGAAGGUACCCUGUCAAAAAAGGAGGAUCUCUGGACUCGUUUUAUGAACAUCGUUACUCACUGCGUAAAGGGGAAUAACUCUACUGGAAGUGAAAUAAUUUUGUACUGAUGUAUAAUUAUAACAGUAAAUUCUGGGAUAAGAAUCAACUCUUUAUUAUGAAUGACAGAAAACAUGAAUUGUUCUCCACAGUUCAUCGGUACUCUGAAAAUAAAAAAAAAAAAUAUAUGCCUUAAAAGUUUAAUUUGAAAAGAAACAA